UUGAAUUUACAUUUUUGCAAUUUAAGCGGAGGUAUUGUUGUAAUAAAUACUCCAUUUUCGAAUUUCGCGGUCGUAUAUAAAGAAUCGAUGGGCGUUUUCGCGUUAUUCCAUUGGAAAGAAGCUAGGAGAAACAAUGAGAACGAUCACUUUCGUAGUCCUUGCCUUGGCAGCAGUCAGCCUAUCCCAAGCUGAUGAUGACGGUCGGUACCACCCUGAGCUCUACAACGGAGCUUACAAGAGCCUGGCAUAUAGGAAUGGCAAAUACGGUUCCAUCUACAACGCGUACAACCAGCCUUUGUACUAUCAGGCGCUCAAUCGGGAACUUCUGACUCCAGCGGUCAGCUAUGGUGACAGUGUUGAACAAGCCACAGCGUUCCCGGCAGCAGUGACGUACCGCACACCAGUGGUCCCCGUAGUAUCGACUUACAAGCCAUUCGUGUACUCCACACCCAAGCCAUUCGUGUACUCUACGCCCAAGCCAUUCGUCGCGAGCACCAGGUCCCCUGCAGCUAUCUACCAGAAGUCUGUGUCAGACGCCGCUGCCACUGUCCUCAGGGAAGACAGGACCUUCGACGAGAACAACUACCACUUCGCGUACGAAACUAACAAUGGAAUUGCUGCUGAAGAGUCUGGAAUUGUUGACGCUUCGGUCAACGGAGUCGGUGGUGGAACCAAGGUUAGGGGAUUCUACGAAUACAUAGGCGAUGAUGGUCUUAAAUACAGAGUAGACUAUGUCGCCGACGAAAACGGUUUCAGAGCAAGUGGGGCUCAUCUGCCCAAAUAUAUGCAAACAUUAUCACAAUAUCAAUGCCAUCUUGCGAAAAUAUGUGGUUUGGAUUGGUAUAAAAGUGAAAAGAGUCUCAUCAAUAGACAUCAGUUACCAAACAGAUCUUCACAUCAUCUUUUAUCCAUCCACAAAAAAAUAAAAAUGAAAUUCUUCGUUGCUUUCGUCGCCGUCUUGGCCGUCGCUGCCGCCCAAUACAGGCCUCAGGCCCAACCUGGCAGGCCCAUUGCUGUGGCCAGCCGUGUGAACAACAACGACGCUGCUGCCAACGUCCUCCGCUACGACAGCGACUCCGCCCCUGAUGGCAGCUUCAACUACGCUCUUGAGAUCGACAACGGCAUCGCCGCCCAGGCCCAGGGUACUCCCCGUGACUUCGGUGGAAACCCCCCUCUAGUGCCAGUCGUCUCCCAGGGAUCUUUCUCAUGGAUCUCCCCCGAGGGCCAGCCCAUCAGCAUCACCUACACCGCUGACGAGAACGGUUACCAAGCUUCUGGUGAUGCCAUCCCCACUCCCCCCGCCAUCCCUGAAGCCAUCGCCAGGUCUCUGGCUUACCUCCAGAAGGUCCAGAAGAAGUAAAUGCUUAUCUAAUCUAGAUAUGCCAA